AUGUCCUCCAGCGAGAAAGAAGGCGGUGGAGUCUCUGCGCAGAAUAAAGGAUCCUGGACUGCGUUCUUGAAAUCUAUCGCGUCGUUCAAUGGGGAUCUCGCAUCAUUGACUGCUCCCCCUUUCAUCCUGUCAUCGACAUCGCUUGUCGAAUUCUCGUCGUACUGGGCGGAACAUCCCUCGAUCUUUGUCGCACCGGCUGCUGAGAAAGACCCCCAGAAGCGCGCAUUGCUGGUAUUGAAGUGGUUCUUGAGCACGCUGAAGCAGCAGUAUGCAAGCCGCAGCGACAAGUAUGGUAAUGAGAAGAAACCACUGAACCCGUUCUUGGGGGAGCUUUUCCUGGGUAAAUGGGUUGACGACGCCGGCACGACUGAGUUGGUCUCCGAGCAAGUGAGUCACCACCCACCAGUUACUGCCUACCAUAUUUCGAACGACAAGCACGGCGUAUCGCUGCAAGGCUACAAUGCCCAAAAGGCAUCAUUUGCCCGCACGAUCUAUGUGAAACAAAUUGGGCACGCUGUGUAUUCUAUACCCGCCUUCAACGAGACCUACCUCAUCACGCUUCCAAACCUGCACAUCGAAGGUCUAAUUUUUGGCUCUCCAUUUGUUGAGCUCAACGAUAAGACAUACAUUACCAGCAGCUCAGGAUAUACAGCCAAGAUUGACUACAGCGGUAAGGGGUGGUUAUCGGGAAAGAAGAACAGUUUCACAGCCACUCUAUACCCCACUGACAAGGAGAAAGAGAUACUCUACACAAUCAGUGGGCAGUGGAACAAGUCAUUUGAUAUCACAGAAGGUGGCAAGAAGGGUGGCGUUAUAGGGAGUUAUGAUGCUGAGACGCCCACCACGGCUCUAAUAAUUGCGCCACUCGAAGAGCAAGGUCCUCUAGAAUCACGGAAAGCAUGGGCCAAGGUUGCUGCUGGGAUUGCUAUAGGCGAUAUGGAUGUCACUGGGGUUGAAAAGUCUAAGAUCGAGGUUGCGCAGCGUGAAUUGAGGCAGAAGGAGAGAGAUGAAGGGAGGACGUGGGAGCGAAGAUAUUUCUCCUUGGUUGAGAACGACGAGGUCUUGGAAAAGCUGGCGCCUUCCAUCCCGGGAUUUCUUGCAGAGCCUGACAAGACCGGCGGAGUCUGGAGAUUCGAUGAGAAGAAGGCGAGCGCGAUAGCAGAGAAAAAGAAAGCUGGCGCGAGUUGA